AUGAUAGAGUGUUGUUUGAUGGGUUGCGGUUUGAUGAUCGGGGGUUUUCCUGGAUAUUUAAUGGCAGAGGCAGCAGCUAGUGCUCUCUUAACACCUGAUGAAGAGCAUAUUAAAAGGAAAGAACUUGCUCAAAUUGAAGAAUACAAUCAAGAUGACCGAAUUGCUAUAAGAAAUAAAUGGACCCAACUGAGAAACUACUGGCAACAUCACACAAAAUAUUAUUUAAACAAACAAAAAGGAUUAUUGGGAAAAGAAAGCAUUAAAAAAUAUGAGAAACAGGAAAUUAUCAAAAAAUGGGAACAAGCUCGUAAAUAA